AUAAUAAACUAUCUGAAGCGUAUAUUAGCUAUGUGACAACUGUUUCUCAACACAGAAUCGUGGUACCAUUAUCCUCGGCAUAAAUUAUUUUCGGCGUUUCUUGUUUUCUUGCCAACGUUGCUCGUGAUUCAGUUUUAUCUCUAAAAAAAAUGUCUUGCUUAAACGACAAGGAGAACAUUCACAAUGGAAUGGCAAAUGUAAAUCUUAAGUCACCUACUAAGAAUGUGCUUACCGCGCGAAAUGGUAACGAAAACGUUGAAAAAAUGGACAUUGAGAAAGAAGACAAAUUAGUUAAAUUUGACCCACAACUUGAACCCCUGCUGAGAGAAAAUCCCCGCCGCUUUGUUAUAUUCCCCAUCCAGUAUCCUGAUAUAUGGCAAAUGUACAAAAAAGCAGAGGCCUCUUUUUGGACCGUUGAAGAAGUUGAUCUAUCUAAGGACCUAAGUGACUGGGAGACUCUAAAGGACUGCGAAAAACAUUUCAUUAAGCAUGUAUUAGCGUUCUUUGCUGCAUCAGAUGGCAUAGUCAAUGAGAACCUAGUGGAACGCUUUUCACAAGAAGUGCAGGUGACAGAAGCUAGGUGUUUCUAUGGCUUUCAGAUUGCUAUGGAAAAUGUACACUCAGAGAUGUACUCUUUGUUAAUUGAUACUUACAUCAGGGAUCCUAAGGAGAGGGACUUUUUGUUUAAUGCUAUUGAGACAUUACCCUGUGUAAAGAAGAAGGCUGACUGGGCUAUGCAAUGGAUUGCAAGCAAGACUGCAACUUUCGGUGAACGUAUUGUAGCUUUUGCUGCAGUUGAAGGCAUAUUCUUCUCUGGAAGCUUUGCAUCAAUAUUCUGGCUCAAGAAGAGGGGACUUAUGCCAGGAUUGACUUUCAGCAAUGAGCUGAUUUCAAGGGAUGAGGGUCUACACACAGACUUUGCAUGUCUGAUGUUCAAGCAUCUAGUACAGAAGCCGUCAAACGAAAGUGUACUAGAGAUCAUAAAGAAUGCAGUAGUUAUUGAACAGGAGUUUUUGACUGAUGCUCUUCCUGUCAGGCUUCUUGGCAUGAACUGUGAGCUCAUGUCUGACUACAUUGAGUUUGUAGCUGAUAGACUGCUUCUUGAGUUAAUAGGUGAAAAGCACUACAACACAAAGAACCCGUUCGACUUCAUGAAUCUCAUCUCAUUGGAAGGGAAAACUAAUUUUUUUGAGAAAAAGGUUGGAGAAUAUCAGAAAUGGGGAGUGAUGGCCAAAGCUAAUGACAAUGUGUUCACUUUGGAUGCUGAAUUUUAAUUUAUAAUGCACUUUUUUUUUGUAACUUACAGCAUUGCUAGUUAGUUUUUAUGACAUGGCAUUUUGAUAUGCAUUCCAGUGUUGCAGAAAAAAUGCCUACUGUUGACGGUAGGUUGUUGAACAACUUACUGUGGAACUACCUUAAUUUGAAUUAAUUUGUAAGCAAUCAUUUACUUGGAAUUAAUGUACUUACUGCUUAUAAAAGAAAUCAAUGUACCUAUAUUAGGUUAAGGAUUUAUUAAUGAUAUAAUUUUAAUAUAUUAAUAAUAAUUAAGAUUGUAGAGUAUAUCAAUAUAUAAUAAUUGUGAAAUUUGUUACAUGUAAAGAAAUUGUAACAAAUUUGAUUGUUAAAUAAUAUAUUUUGUGAUAUAAAUUUAGUUUUUCUAUAUUAUUAAACAAUUUCGAAUAAUAAUAAAAUCAUUUUCAUUUAUAGAAAACUUCAUUAUAUUUUGUUAUAACAUUUAAGCCACUUGCUUAAAACCCUAACAUAAUGCACAAAUAAAUUUACUUUUACUAUA